AUGCCACGAUCUAGGCGCUCGACUAAAGUAUGUUCACGCUGUCGGAAACGCAAGACGAAGUGUGACUUCAUCUUUCCAGCAUGUACUCCGUGCAAACUCGCAAGCUUACCUUGCUUGGGCUUUGAUCCUAGCUCUAAGGAGGCAGUCCCAAGGAGCUUUGUCAAGUCACUCGAGGCUCGGGUUGAAGAGCUCGAAGCACAGCUGCGCUCAUUCAACGCCGCCUCCAGUAAUAUUCCGUAUCUCAUCACGACGGCCGUCGCGCAGGCUACCAUAUCCAUUGGUGUGCCCUUUCAAAACUUGUUUCUCAGCUCUAAAGCCUCAUCUCCAUUGUUCUUUCGACCUUCCUGUCCCCCUUUGGCAAUAGCCCGGGAACGGGUACAAUAUAAACCUGUGACGAAUUUGAGCCUACAACAUAACAAUUACAAUCACGGGGCGCCGAUUAACUUACGCAGUGUUCCAUUUUCGGCGAUCAACCGCAUGAUUCGAAACUAUGUUGACAUCCACCUGCCCCAGUACCCUUGCGUGUCAGAAACUAUGGUAAACGAAAUACUCGACAGAAUCCAGCGUCAGGAUUUGAAGGACCCAAAGGCACUACCAAUCCACCACGUGCCCACUGAUGCUGGACUGGGGCAUUUCGAGUAUUUUGUAUUGCUUAUAGCACUGGCAAUUUCUGCCAUGACAUUGACAUGGAAGGCCGAUUAUCAAGCUCGAGCGGCUUCAGAGUCUUUCUAUAACGCGGCAUUGAAGCACCUACAGGCCAUAACAGAUCAUAGCGAACUACAGGCACUACAGAUUUCUUUACUCUUAGCUCACUAUGCACAUAUGUGCCCGGAGAGAGUAGACAAUUGGACAUGCAUCUCUAACGCUGUUCGUAUUGUCGUCAAUCUGGGGCUCUAUAUGGAGUGCAAUCAACUGAUUCAAGGAGAGCCUUGUCAGCGAAGCGUACUAUUUUGGGUAGCGUACGGUAUGGAGAGGUCAUUAUGUACGAACCUCCGCCUUCCACUGUCAUUUCCGGAGGAGGCAAUCACGGUAAAGCUCCCCACAACAGGAAAGGCAAACCUCAAUCCGGGGCACUCCACCAGUAAGCCGAGCAAGAUGUCUGUGGCUUACCAUAUAUGUCGGUAUCGUGCAUUGGAAACAGAGGUUCAUAGAGUGCUUCACCUAGAAGAAGACUUAUCCAAGUUCGGCAGCAGCACGAUAGAAGACUGGAUUGAGAGCAUCACCCAAAGACUAAAAAGGUGGUACGAGAAGGCACAGUCAUACACACAAUAUGAUAUGCUUGAUGUGCAGUUUCACCACCUCAUGGCGCGCAUCCACCGGCCUACGCCCCGUCUAAGAAUGAGAGGUCCAGACAACUGGAAGGCUGUGCUAGAUGCAUCAUCAGUUUUGAUCCAAGAUUACCUCGCUCAGGAGCGGCGUCGGAGGCUAUUCUAUCCUUGGCAUGGGGUGCACAUUCUCUUCGAAACUGCAGUCAUCUCGCUCGAGGCGUGCUGGUCAGCACGAAAUUAUGGGCCGCUACAAGGUAGAGCUCACAAGAUGUUACAUACCUCGAUCCCUCAUUGUCUUCAGCUUCUCACCAACAUCGGUGAGCGCUGGGGCGAGGCAGCCGUAUGUGCUGAUCGGUUAAGGCCGCUCGCUGAUAAUGUCAGGACCGCUCUCACAAAUCCUGACACCCUGUUGUUGGCCAUGGUUGAUGACAGUAUUAUCACGGCAGAGAUACUUGAUUUACUGUUCACGGACGGGCCAUUGUCAUGGACCCGAGCCAACUGCGGAGAUAUCCCGUCUGGUCUGAGCGACAGCGAUCCAUUGCUAAAUAGCAUGGCGGAUGACAGUCUCGAACUCUUCUCGUGGAAUCCCGAAUGGGACAUCAUGCCUACUGACUCAAUCCAGGGGUAUGAGCUUUAA